AGAACGCAGUAGCGCGCGGAGCCAGUCUGCGACGGAAGCCUUCACAGCGCUGUGGAUUCAUACUUUGGAUAUACCUGCAACAUCUAAGGCACAUUUUCGAAGAAAGCUGCCAGAAAGAAUUUUGAGGGAAGCAGGUGGAUUUAAGUACAGAUGAGAUCUAGCUUUACAAAAAAAAAAAAACAGGGUGGAGAUAAGAAAACAAAUGCUGCCUAGUCAGUCAACACUUCAUUUUAAUUAGGAGGCAGUCACAGGAAACUGACCAUCACCACCUCCUCAUGAUGCACAUGAACAGCUUGUUGAACCGAUGGAAUGAGAUCUCCGAGAUGUGUGAGGUAGAAGACACUCCAGAACCAGUCAGUCCCACGCUGCUCAAUGAGUCCACAGACACCUACUGCCAGACCGACUGCUGGCACCGACUCCGGACCACCGUCCGCAAGCUAGAGUUCUGGGAAGACUUCAGCGCAGAGCUUGUUGGAACCGGCUUCUUCUCCAAGGUCUACAAGGUGAUGCACGGCACCACGAAGAAGGUGAUGGUGGUGAAGAUCUAUAAGAAUGAUGUGGAUCAGAACAGCAUCGUGAGGGAGAUCAGUCUACUUCAGAAACUCUCCCACCCCAACAUAGUGAGGUACCUGGGGAUCUGUGUCAAGGAGAACAAGCUGUACCCAAUUCUUGAGUAUGUGAGCGGAGGCUGUCUGGAGGAGCUGCUGGCCAGGCAUGACGUCAACCUCUGCUGGAGAGAGAAGAUCGAACUGGGCUGUGAUAUCAGCCGAGGAAUGACCUAUCUCCACUACAAGAACAUCUACCACAGAGAUCUCAACUCUAAGAACUGCCUGAUCCGCGUGACCUCACGUGGCAGAGAGGCCGUGGUCACAGACUUCGGGUUGGCCAGAGAAGUGGGGGAUCUGCCUGCAAAUGACCCUGACAGGAAGUUGUCUCUGGUGGGGUCGGCCUUCUGGAUGGCGCCUGAAAUGCUUAGAGGAGAGCCGUACGACCGCAAGGUGGAUGUCUUCUCUUUUGGGAUCAUGUUGUGUGAGAUCUUAGCAAGAAUCCCUGCCGACCCAGAAGUGCUGCCCAGGACAAAGGACUAUGGGCUGGAUGUGGAAUCGUUCAGAGAGCUGGUGCAGGGCUGCCCAGAGCGGGUUCUGGAACUCUCUGCCAGCUGUUGUCAGAUGGAUGCAUUCCGAAGACCUUCCUUCUCUGAGCUCCUGGAUGAGCUGGAGGACAUCGCUGAGACCCUAGAGCCACCAGACAACAACCUAACCACAGGGUGAUCUCACAAAUCCAUCCUAACAAAGCCCUGGACUGAAGGAUUUAAGGGACUGCGCUACAUAAGAGUCUGCAGCAGUGGACCGUGACUGGCACUCUGUUCUCCCAAGAGCAGAAUAUACAAGGGAAUAUCUGGUAAUUGAGGACAAAACCACUCAACUGAAUGUUUGCUCAAUAACCAGUUCUGGACGCCCUCCAUGCAGCGUGUGACCCUGAAUGAUUGCAAGAGUCCAUUUGAGAAGCUGAAUUUUACCUUCUCUAUUUUUUAUUUAAUAUAGAUGAAAGUAAUAUGAUUGUUUAGGGACCAACUUGUCAGCUGAUUUUUUUAAAAGACCAAAUUCUCUACGGACCAUUCCUGUUUUAAAUAAGUUUCAGGAAAAUAUGAGUUCACUUUUUUUUGUAUAGGAAAUGAGUUUAAAAUUAAUAUACAGCAGAGGUUGCACAAGCCUGGAACAAACCAGACCAGAGAAACUAAUUUGUCCUAUAUUUGAUUUUACCUCUUAGAUUUUUGUUUAUUAAAACUUGCAUAUUCUGUCAAAAUAAUUGCACACUUUGCUUAUUUGACACACACUGUUAAUGUCUCCUAUUUAUGCCUUGUUGUACUUGCCAUG